CGCGCCCAACCGCCCCGUACUCGCGCGUGGCGUCAGGAUUUCCUCUCCGUACGUCUCCUUCCUCUCCAAAAGGCCUCUCUCUUAUUUCCUGACAACUCCUUCACUGAAGCUCCAUCUCUCAUCCGGCGAUCUGUACUUCCAUUUCUCGCUAUUAAACCCAAAAUCGGUCCCAGCAUUCAUUCACACUGAAAUAUUGUGUAUGCGGUGAGAGAGUGAGAAGUGCCCAUUUAGUGUUCUUCGGCCUUUGCCAAUAGCUGUACCGGAUGCCCCAUCUCUGUUCAUGUCCAAGGCGCAUUUCUUCAAUUGGAAGCCUUCAUAAGGAAUGGUGACUGGCAUGAAUCAUCAUGAUGAUGGGGGAAAGAACCCAUCAAGCUUUUCAAAGGGUGCGACUAGGUCAUGGGGGACAUCGACACUUUCUGGGCAAUCAAUCUCGACGAGUGGAAGCGCAGGGUCCCCAUCGAGCCGAAAUGAACUGGUGAUAACGACACCAGCGAGUGAGAACACUUUCAUCAGGUUGAAUCAUUUGGACAUUCACGGAGAUGAUACUGGAUCACAAGGUACCAUCAGCGGUAAAAAGAAAAAGAGGGGCGCACGGGCAGUAGGUGCUGAUAAAGGUGGUAGGGGACUCCGCCAAUUUAGCAUGAAAGUCUGUGAGAAAGUUGAAAGCAAAGGUAGAACCACUUACAAUGAGGUUGCAGAUGAACUCGUGGCUGAAUUUGCAGAUCCUAGCAGUAGUCUUGCAUCUCCAGAUCAGCAACAGUACGAUGAGAAAAACAUACGGCGGAGGGUGUAUGAUGCCCUAAAUGUUCUCAUGGCAAUGGAUAUUAUAUCAAAGGAUAAAAAGGAAAUACAAUGGAAGGGCUUGCCUCGCACUAGCCUAAAUGAUAUUGAAGAGUUAAAGGCAGAACGCAUUGGACUAAGAACUAGGAUUGAUAAGAAAGCAGCAUAUUUGCAAGAAUUGGAGGAACAAUUCAUAGGUCUUCAAAACCUGGUAGAGCGGAAUGAACAAUUAUAUGGUUCAGGAAAUGCCCCUUCGGGUGGAGUGGCCUUACCUUUUAUCCUGGUUCAGACUCGUCCGCAUGCCACUGUUGAGGUGGAAAUUUCAGAAGAUAUGCAGUUGGUGCACUUUGACUUCAAUAGCACCCCUUUUGAGCUGCAUGAUGAUGCUUAUGUUCUCAAGGCAAUGAGAUUCUGUGAAAGACAGCAAAGUGAUGGGGCCCAUGAAUCUACCACAAAUGUGGAUGGAAGCUCCGCCAGCAUGCUUAGCAUGUAUCAACAGCACGUGCCGCAUCCACCAAGGUCCAAUGCCAUGGGUAAGCUGCCUGUUUCACCUCCUGUUCCAGGUAUCUUAAAAGCACGUGUCAAACAUGAGCAGUAGUCUGUAAUAUUAAUCCUAUAUGCCCACCUCUUCUCUUUCUCUGUAUCUUGUAAAGUUAUUCAUAGAAAUCCGUUAAUCUCAUGCUCGUAGUCAGCUUGAUAGCUUUAAAACUUGUGAAAGGACCAAAGCUUUCUCAGACGAUCCUAAUCAACUAUCAAAUGGUUCUCAGUGUAGCAUUAUGUAGACAUAAUUUGGGAAUGUAACGAUGGAUAAUAUUCUUUUGUCAUUACAGUAGAGAUGAGUUUUAUCACAUAACUGAAAGAGAGUUAUUGUUCAUGAUUCCAAA